AGGAUUCUAGAGCUUUCUGGAGCUUUCUGGAGGUUUCUGGAGGCGCUGGAACAGGCCCUAUGUGUUUUGUAUGUAAAGCUCUAACCGUGUGUAUUUUCAGUUUGGUUAUUUCUUCUGGACUGCGAAAAAACUGAUAGUUAUUAGCAAGGCCAUAUAUAGGGUUAUUCAUAAAGUACUCUUGGUGAGGAGCGGGUGUCUCGCACGGUCGUACGUUACCGACCCUGACCGAGGAGGGUUAGUUAUUAUUGUUCACUCAAAUCAUUGUCUAAUUUUACACAAAUUGAGUGAGAUUAACUUAGGCACACAAAUUAUUCAUUGACAGCAUAAUUUACUGGUAAUCACAGAUUUUUAGAUCGAAUUUCAACAAACAAAUGAUGUAUAACUUGGAAGCUGAUAGAGCCACAGUGCCAAGGAAAGGGGCGUUUGAUGGCUCAAUAGGCUAUCUUUCUGAUUGAUUUCUCAGAUUCAUGGGCACAGGAACAAUUUACAGUUUACACCAUUUCCUCUGGUAGGUGAACUUGAAAAAAAAUGUUCUGGCAUGUUAUGACCUACUGUUCAUUCAACCGUUGCCUAGUUCCCUGUGGGCUGUAAGUGCCUAUUUACAAGCAACUUGACAUGGACAAGGCCAGCAAAGUUUUUCGAAGGGGCGGUGUGCGGCUGCGCACGCUGAGCAGCCGCCACUCGGAGCUGCAGCUACUCAUCUCUGAGCUGCGCACGGUGCGCGCCGCGCAGCGCGGCCUGGUGGCGGCGCAGAAUCGCGCCGCGCAGGACCUGGUGCGCUGGUCGCUGCGGGACGAGAACCGCGCCGUCCAGGAGGUGGCACAGCUGCUGGCCGAGCUCACCGCCAUCUACGCCGACGUGCAGACCGAGUUCAAUGCCCAGCUGAAGGCGCUCCGGUACCAGUUCGAGAUGAUUCUGGAGGGUGAGGAGCAGCUGGACAGUUGCCGCUCGGAACUCGCCGCCUGCGAGACCAAGGAGAGCAAGCACCGGCGCGAGCUGAAGAAGGCGGCCGCUGGCGACCGGCAGCAGGCCGAGCUCAAACUCACUGCAUCCGAGAGGGCCAAGAACGCCGCGCUCAGCGAGGUGACGGAGCGGACGCGGGAGAACGAGGUGGCCAAGAUGGCGCGUCUGAAGCAGGGCCUGCUGACGCUCUCGGACGCCUACCUGCAGCUGGCCGAGCGGACCCAGCUGGUGUUCAGCGCGCACCGAGACAUCGUCAGCGAGCUGCCCGACAUCGACGCCGAGCACCUGCACGCCGCCAAAUUCACCGGUUCCCAGCGGUGUCAGCAGCGUGUCGGCAGGGUGCGGGAGCUGCUCCGUCCGCCCGAGUCGGGAGCGGCGGCGGCGGUUGGCCGGGCAGACUCUGUGCCGCCCGAGCCGCCGCCGCCGUACGCAGCCGGCACCCCGACCCGCCGCCAAAGCGCCGCCCCCGCCCCCGCCGGGACGCCGCCCUGUCGCUGCGGCGCCGCUCAGGGGUACGGGUGGCGAAACUCCUCCAUGAGUUCUGCAAGUGACUUCAGUCCGUCGGCGCCGCUGGACAGUUCAGCUUCUCCGGUAUAUCCGGGCAGCUCACCGGGGUAUCCGUCCGGCCCGGCGUACCCUGACGGUUCCCCUGGGUACCCGGGCGACUCCCCGGGGUACACCGGAGCCGGGCACGGGGCGGCGCCGCGCGGCCACCCGCCGGUACCGGUGCCACGCUGGCUGCCGCACGGUCACGGCGGCCACGACCCCCAGCCGGGGCUGGCCGCCGCCGUGGGCGGUCUGCAGCUGCGCUAAGCGAGCCUCUCGGCGGCAGACGACACUCAGAGAAAGCUGGUCACUGGCUGACAAGGAGGAGCCCCUGCCGCCAGUACAGAGUGCUGCUCAUUGGACCGGGCAUUCGGAGCGCUAGUCGGAGUGCGAGCGGACCUCGGGGUUCGGGGUUCGUCCACAGCUCAAAGGAAGCCGAAAUCUUUCAUUUUUAUACACAUCUUUCUAUACAUGAAACGGUAUACUGGCCGUGUCUCAGAUUUCUUUAUAAUGUAAAUGUGACUGAUUGUGGAAUCGAUAUCCACUUUGGCAUGUCUGUAGGUAAUUACAGACCAUUUUGCAUGUUUAUACAUUUUGAUGAAUUAUGUUUUUGGUUGUUCAAUUGUACAUUAAUUCUCAACGUCUGUUGUGUGAGUGUAUGUGAGUGUAUAUUUCUUUAGCCCCGUAACCUGCUUCGCAAACGAUGGUAUUAUUUGCUUUGCUUUUGACUUGAAUAUUGUGUUGACAGGACACUAUAUGUCCUCUACAGCAUUUUUCCUGUAGUCGAUGCUUUCACAACUACUUAGUCAUUGUCUGUGAUAGCAUUUUUCAGUUUCAGUGCAUCAAGCCGUGCCCGUCUCGGCUGAUCUCUUGUAGCCCGCUCACUGCGUGACGUCUCAGAUUGCGUCUGACGAUGGGGAGUGCAGUCAGCUGUGCUUUCGAAGGAUUCACACCCCAACUCGCCUCGUCCUCCCUCCUCAAUAGUCAGCUUGUAGUCAGUGUUUUGAUAUGAUAUUGGUGUGCCGUAGAUCGUAAUGUGGCACUGCACCCUUGCGCUACCUGCUAGAGAUGUUGCCUUGGAAAUAAGACAAGAUGUCAGCGUAUGUCAACGAGUACCGUCCGUCGCAGCCUUCCCGUCGCUGUCCGUCCCGGGGACGAGCAGCGUCCUUGUCUUUCCGUGGUCGUUCCGUCCCUUUGUCGGCGGGUUUUUCGCCCGUGGAGCCAGCGCCGUCGAGCGACCGGUAGGUGAAGUUGUCAUGCCGACGGCGGAGCACGAAAUCACCCGUUUUGCACCGCCGCAUGUGGCGGGUGGACUGUGCACAAAGUGGAGUCGGGCUGGCUGGCUCCGAUAACGCGAUCCAACGCACAAUUAGAUCGUCCUAAUGAUGCGGCGAUGCCGAAUUGGUAUACACUAGUGAAGUGUCGAGCUUCCAAUACAACUGGCAUUACAUUCA